GCGUCAUCGCCCGAGCUGUUCGGAAGCUCAGGUUUGGAAGUUCAGUCCGGUCGCGGCACGUGCCACUGCCGGAGGUUUGGAAGUUCAGUCCGGUCGCGGCACGUGCCACUGCCGGAGGACACAACGUGGUUUCAAUCAGAUUGAUCGCUUUGGUGGCGACGACGUUCCACCGCUUUUGAGAACUUCUCAUCCAGUGAAGGUGGUGGUGCUUGGCCCAAUCCUGUCGCGAUUGCAACCGCUUUGGGCCUCGAUGCAACCGCAGGAGCACUUUGCCUGUGCUGCGCCUCAAAGGUCGUGGGAUCCGCCUGGGUCCAGGGCCAAGAUUGACCGCCGCCGUCGCAGCGCCUCUCCGAGAUUCGCUGGGGCAAUCGGGGCAGCUGCGGAGGAGGCUGGAACUGACGAAGCCUCAGAUCAGGCUCCAGCGCGACAAAAGUAUGCUGGUGGAUUUUACCUCUUCGCCGGAAGCAGGAGCAAUGCCGCUGAAAACCAGUGA